AUGAUCACCGCUCUCACCACUUUUGGCAAAUGUAUAUAUGAACAAAAUAGAAGAAAUCUUCAAGACGGCACCGUCAUGCGGUAUCUAGAUGAUUACUUCGCACCUUGGUCAUAUGGAAAAGAAAAUUUAGAGGAAUUUCUGCAAUUUGUAAACCAGAUUGAUGCAAAAAUUCAAUUCACAAUGGAAGUAGAGGAAAGUGAGCAAUUACCGUUCAUGGACGUUGAAGUGAUUCAUUCUAAUGAAACGCUGAAGAAGAAAUUGUACAGAAAGAAGUCAUAUUCUGGGAUAAUACUCAAUUUCCGCUCCCAUCACAAUUACAGGCUAAUGAUUGGACUAAUGACGAGCAUGAUCAUCCAAAGCCUACCUCUGACGGAUGCAGAUUUCUUGGACAAGGAGCUGGAAAAAUUGACUAGGAUCUUGUCUGGCAAUGAUUACCCAAGCAAAGUGUUACAAAGAAACAUAACGGCCGUAAAAAGCCAAUGGCAGAACGGGGAAUAUGAAAGAACAGUAAGGACGAUUAACAAAAGUGGAUAUGCCUGCCUUCCUGCGAACUAA